AUGUCUGCGGUGCGGCAUCGCCCGAUGGCUCCGCCAGCCACCGGAGAUCAGGGCGACAGCGAUGAGAACAACUUCACCGACGACGAGAGUUCGCCUCUGACACACGAUAUAUAUGGCGGCAGCCAACGCACAAUACAGGAAACAAAAGGCUGGGAUGUGUUCCGCGAUCCGCCAAUUAAAAUUGAAACCGGUUCGACAGCAAAUCAGGAGUGUCUUGAGCUAACCAUCAAGAUACUGAAAAUCUUUGCCUAUAUAAUCACGUUUAUCAUAGUUUUAACCGGCGGUGUUAUAGCCAAAGGAACAGUCCUGUUUAUGACCUCGCAGGUGCGCAAGGAUCGCAAAAUCGAGUACUGCAACAAGGAUUUGGGUCGCGACAAGAGUUUCGUUGUGCGUCUGCCCGAGGAGGAGCGUAUCGCAUGGAUAUGGGCUCUGGUGAUUGCGUACUCCCUGCCCGAGAUCGGGGCUUUGAUACGAGCGGCGCGAAUCUGCUUCUUCAAGACGUUUAAGGUGCCGAAGACGGGGCAUUUCCUGUUCGUCUGGCUGAUGGAGAGCAUGAGUGCUCUAGGCACUGCGCUGCUGAUGUUCGUCGUCCUGCCACAGAUCGAUGCCAUUCAAGGCGCUAUGCUGACCAAUUGCCUGUGCGUAAUACCUGGCAUUUUGGGUCUGUUGUCGCGCACUUCCAAGGAGGGCAAACGCUUCAUCAAAGUCAUCAUCGAUCUGGCUGCCGUUGCUGCCCAGGUCACGGGCCUCGUCAUCUGGCCACUGCUGGAGAAUCGACGCGAGCUGUGGGUCAUUCCGGUGGCCUGCAUCAUGAUCUCCUGCGGCUGGUGGGAGAACUAUGUGUCGGCUCAAUCGCCACUGGGCAUUGUGAGAGCUCUGGGCCGCAUCAAGGAGGAGAUGCACACUACUCGCUACUUCUGUCACAUGUUCCUCUCGAUAUGGAAGAUUCUGCUCUUCUUUUGCGUCACUCUGCUCAUUUAUUGGGCCAACGGGGAUGAGCCCAGCAAUCUAUUUGCUCUGUAUGGCGAUGCCUUUGGACCCCAUAAGAUCGUCGUGUAUGAGCUGCCCGCUGGACUGGGCGGAGUGCUGCCUGAUACCUUGGAGUCGGCCAACAUAGAUACCGUCGAUGUGGAUGCUGCCUAUAAUACUGUCGUCUACGUGCUGCUCCUGCAGAUCUUUGGCGCUUAUUUGUGCUACAUCUUUGGCAAGUUCGCGUGCAAGAUCCUCAUACAGGGCUUCAGCUAUGCCUUCCCUGUGAGCCUUACGGUGCCGAUUACCGUUUCGUUCCUGAUCGCUGCUUGUGGAAUCCGUAUUGAUGAUCCGUGCUUCUUCCACGAUACCAUCCCGGACUAUCUGUUCUUUACGAGUCCGUCCAACUUUAGGUUCAAUAACUUUGUCACCGAGCAAAUGGCAUGGGCUUGGAUAUUGUGGCUACUCAGCCAGACGUGGAUUGCGCUGCACAUUUGGACGCCCAAGUGCGAGAGAUUGGCGACAACGGAGAAACUCUUCGUAAGACCCAUGUACUCAGCUUUGCUGAUCGAUCAGUCGAUGGCCCUGAAUAGAAGACGCGAUGAUCAAGCGGAUGUCAAAACUGAGGAUCUGUCGGAGAUUGAAAAGGAAAAGGGCGAUGAGUACUAUGAGACUAUCUCAGUGCACACCGAUCGCUCAUCGGCGCCAAACAAGCCAUCGAUUAAGUCCUCAGAUAACAUCACUCGCAUCUAUACGUGCGCCACAAUGUGGCAUGAGACGAAAGACGAAAUGAUUGAGUUCUUGAAGAGCAUUAUGCGAAUGGACGAGGAUCAGUGCGCUCGACGAGUUGCUCAAAAGUAUUUGCGUGUACUCGAUCCAGACUAUUAUGAGUUUGAGACUCACAUAUUCUUCGAUGAUGCCUUUGAGAUUUCGGAUCACAGUGACGAUGAUAUUCAGUGCAACCGCUUCGUCAAGCUAUUGAUUGGUACAAUGGAUGAGGCUGCCUCUGAGAUACAUCAAACAACUAUUCGACUGCGUCCGCCCAAGAAAUACCCAACGCCCUAUGGCGGCCGAUUGGUCUGGACGUUGCCGGGCAAAACAAAGUUCAUAGCUCAUCUGAAGGACAAGGAUCGCAUUCGUCAUCGCAAGCGUUGGUCCCAGGUCAUGUACAUGUACUAUCUGCUCGGCCAUCGACUCAUGGAGCUGCCCAUCUCGGUGGAUCGCAAGGAUGCCAUUGCUGAGAAUACGUAUUUGCUCACACUGGACGGCGAUAUCGACUUUAAGCCGAAUGCUGUCACGCUGCUGGUCGAUCUGAUGAAGAAGAAUCGCAAUUUGGGCGCUGCUUGCGGACGCAUUCAUCCGGUGGGCUCUGGACCCAUGGUGUGGUAUCAGCUCUUCGAAUACGCCAUUGGUCAUUGGCUGCAGAAGGCAACGGAGCACAUGAUUGGCUGUGUGCUCUGUUCACCCGGCUGCUUCUCGCUGUUCCGCGGCAAGGCCCUGAUGGACGACAAUGUGAUGAAGAAGUAUACAACGAAACCAACGGAGGCGCGUCACUAUGUGCAGUACGAUCAGGGCGAGGAUCGCUGGCUGUGCACUUUGCUGCUGCAGCGUGGCUAUCGCGUGGAGUACUCAGCUGCCUCGGAUGCCUACACGCAUUGCCCGGAGGGCUUCAAUGAGUUCUACAACCAGCGACGUCGCUGGGUGCCCUCGACCAUAGCAAACAUCAUGGAUCUGCUCGGCGAUGCGAAGCGCACGAUCAAGAUUAACGACAAUAUAUCAUUGCUGUAUGUCUUCUACCAGAUGAUGUUGAUGGGUGGCACCAUCUUGGGACCUGGCACCAUCUUCCUUAUGUUGGUGGGUGCCUUUGUCGCCGCCUUUCGUAUCGACAACUGGACCUCGUUCCACUACAACAUUGUGCCCAUUCUGGCCUUCAUGGUUAUCUGCUUCACCUGCAAGGCCAAUAUACAACUGUUUGUGGCCCAGGUGCUGUCCACCUGUUACGCUUUGAUCAUGAUGGCUGUGAUUGUGGGUACGGCUCUGCAGUUGGGUGAGGACGGUAUAGGCUCGCCCUCGGCCAUCUUUUUGAUAUCCAUGGUGGGGUCAUUCUUCAUAGCCGCAUGUUUGCAUCCGCAAGAGUUUUGGUGCAUUACAUGCGGCUUAAUAUAUCUGCUAUCCAUACCAUCUAUGUACCUGCUGCUGAUUCUGUACUCUAUCAUCAAUCUGAACGUUGUCUCCUGGGGCACCCGUGAGGUGGUCGCUAAAAAGACCAAGAAGGAGCUGGAAGCGGAAAAGAAGGCCGCCGAAGAAGCCAAAAAGCGAGUGAAGCAGAAGAGCAUGCUGGGCUUCCUCCAGAGUGGCAUUGGCGACAAUGACGAUGAGGAGGGCUCCAUUGAGUUCUCUCUGGCUGGUCUGUUCCGUUGCGUGUUUUGCACUCACGGCAAGACUUCCGACGAGAAGCAGCAGCUAACGAGCAUAGCCGAAUCUCUGGAUACAAUCAAGAACCGUAUUGACAGCAUUGAGAGCGCUGUGGAUCCGCAUGGCCAUCACGCUUCACGCCACAAUAGACGACGCACCACGUCCAGUGGUUCGAAGGACCAUCAUUUGCUGACAUCGGUGGCUGAGAAAUCGGGCGAUGAGUCGGAUGAAUCGGACUCGGAUACAUCGGCAGAGCCCAAGCAGGAACGAGACUUUCUGACGAAUCCCUAUUGGAUCGAGGAUCCGGAUGUGCGUAAGGGUGAGGUAGACUUCUUGUCAAGUUCGGAGAUCCAGUUCUGGAAGGAUCUGAUUGAUCAGUACUUAUAUCCCAUUGACAAUGAUCCCGUCGAGCAGGCCCGUAUAGCUAAAGAUCUGAAAGAGCUCCGCGACUCAUCGGUAUUUGCGUUCUUCAUGAUCAAUGCCCUCUUCGUGUUGAUCGUGUUCCUGCUGCAAUUGAACAAGGACAACAUUCACGUCAAGUGGCCCUUUGGUGUGCGCACCAAUAUUACCUAUGACGAAUCCACUCAGGAGGUGCACAUUUCCAAGGAGUAUCUGCAGCUGGAGCCGAUUGGUCUUGUCUUUGUGUUCUUCUUUGCACUGAUUUUGGUAAUACAAUUUACGGCCAUGUUGUUCCAUCGUUUUGGCACUCUAUCUCAUAUCCUGGCCUCCACGGAAUUGAAUUUCUGCAAAAAGAAAUCUGAGGAUCUAACGCAAGAUCAGCUUAUAGAUAAGCACGCUGUGGAAAUUGUCAAGAAUCUGCAACGUUUGCAAGGCAUUGAUGGGGACUACGACAAUGAUUCCGGCUCGGGACCCGAUCGCAUAGCCCGACGUAAGACCAUUCAAAAUUUGGAGAAAGCUCGACAGCCUCGUCGUCAAAUUGGCACCUUGGAUGUGGCGUUCAAGAAACGUUUCCUUAAGCUAACCGCCGAUGCUGAGAAUAAUCCAGCCACGCCCAUUCUGACGAGACGCCUCACUAUGAGAGCGGAGACAAUACGCGCCUUGGAGGUGCGAAAGAAUUCCGUGAUGGCAGAACGACGGAAAUCCGCAAUGCAAACGCUGGGCGCCAAAAACGAAUACGGAAUAACCACAGUGCCUGCAGUCAACAACAAUGGGGUCCUGCCCAAUCCGCGCAGCGGACGCGUGUCUAAUGCGGGCAUCAGCAUCAAGGAUGUGUUCAAUGUGAAUGGGGGACCAGCAGAGCAAAUUUAUGGCUCGAAUGGCGGGGGAACUAUAAAUCAGGGCUACGAGCAUGUCCUCGACGAGGAUGGCGAUGGCAACUCCCUGCGGCUGACCACUCGUAAUCCCCAUCAGGUGUCAUGGGGCCAAAAUGUAAAUGGAAAUAAUACGGGACGUUUGUGAACUACAUAUCAGACGAAUAUGGAAUUCAUUUAGAAUAUUAGUGUUUAAUUUAGCAAUCCUAUGAACAAAUGACGCGACUUUUCUGAAUCUCACGCAUCGAAUUGGAGUUUAUAGUCAGAGGACGUAUUUUGUUUACCUGUAUAUCUCUAAAUAUGUAGGUAUGUUUGUAUUUGUAUGUAUGUAUGAAUGUAUAUUGAAAGGACAUGGCUGGAGCCUUGUUUUAUACACAACGAAUAUUAUGCUAAGCUAAUCACACUGCCAGUUGUACUUAUCGAAUCGUGAAUCGCAUGCGUAUGCACAAUUCACAGUCUUCAUAUAUGGUAUACUAUAUCAUUUGUUAGGUUAGGUUUAAGAAAUUGUGAUGAUGGC